AUGAUCGAUGAAGCUCCCCCACCUUUAACUACGGGCCUGUUCUACAUUAACCAAUCACGCUAUGUGGAUGAAAACGCUUGGAACAACCUCAACCCGCCUCAUAUUCCAGGAAGAAGAAACUGCUAUUCAUCAAGGCUGCUAACGAGGCCUUAUAUUGCGCGUAGCGACUGGAGUUCCAGGUUGCUUGCCACUGUUUCACAUGCCUGUAAAACUGAGGAUAUCUUUUUGUCUCAAGUUGCGUUAUCCGCCUUUUUAAUCUCUGUUGACAUAAGUGACAAAGCCCAGAAGAUGGUAAUGGAGAAGGGUCUUCAUCUGAUGAGAGAUAGUGCUAGGAAAACAAAAAAGCACAGCAGUGCAAGAAGGAAGAUGCACAUGGCUAACGAAGCUGCAAGGGAACAAGGGGAGACUCGUAUGGUCGCGUUGAUCGAUUUCAAUCUCCAUUUGAUUAGCGUCUUCGUCGACGUCCUUGAUCAUCCAUCUACAGAGUUCAAAGGUAGCCUAAUCAACAAGACCAAGUAA